CAAACUUAACGUAGUAUGGCCGUCGUCUGGAAGUAUUCACAGUUUUACUUCCACAAAGAAUACGCGAUAAACAUUGCGCAGAGCGAAUUAAGAAAGACUUUUUUAAAUAAAUUCUUUACGCGAGUGAGAUAAACAUUGUUGGACAAGUGAUAAACCGCGAAAUUAAAUAACGCGUAACAAUAAUUCGACCUCAUUUUUAGUCUAUUUUUAUUGUUUUCAUCAAAAUUUUUGACAAAAUGUGGUUAGUUAGCCAGCCUAAUUCUGUGAUUUUGGAAGUCAAAGUGGAGCCCAAUGCAAUUGGACAAGACUGCCUUGAAAAGGUUUGCGAGAAACUGGAGAUCGGCGUCGAAGCGGACUACUUCGGCCUCCGCGUAUCUCCAGGAUCUGGCCCCGGCAGAUGGCUCAACUUGAGGAACCCACUCGACCCACACCGCAUCCCCGGAGGUCGUCUCGAUCUCCGAGUCAAAUUCUGGGUGCCCCCACAUCUCCUGAUCAACGAAGCUACCCGUCACCAGUUCUACCUACACGCCAAACUCGACCUCAUUGAAGGGAGACUUGUCGUAGCAGAUUUAGAAGUGGCUCGGAAAAUCAUCGCGUACAUAGCUCAGGCUGAGACAGGAGACUGUGAUCGGGAACUGCCACCAACUCACAUAUACGAAGAGUGUGAUAAAAUUGGCCCCCAAGGCGAGCGACCAGAGGAUCACGUCGACAAGAUCAUAGAAUACCACUGCCAAAUAGCUGGAAUGAGAGCUUCUCGGGCGGAGUACAGAUUAUUGAAAGAAAUAUCAGAGUUGGAGUCGUUUGGAGAGGAAUUGUUUUUCUGCAAGCCCGUCACGAUCAACAACAACGCUCACAACUUGUACAGCCACCUGCUGUACCAUAGGCAACAGGCAGAAGAGCCCAGAGCGAGGGAUGAGCAGGAGAUUGACGGGGGCGCGACCGUUGGAUGCCUGACGUCGGGACAAAGUGGAGGAGGCUGCGGUUGCAGGCUCAGUACCUGCGUGGGAGUUGGACCACACGGCAUCGUCGUGUACAGACCAGCUUGCAAUGGAGAACAGGAAAUUGGAGUCGAAAAACAAAGCAUUGCAUACACCGCCAUCCACCGCGCUCAGCCGUUCCGUCGCAACUUCCAAAUGUCGUUCGUCACGGAUAAAGGCAACGAAGCAACUCUUCAUAUCAAGAUGGCUACGUCUGGGCAGGCCGCGGCCCUAUACCGCGCAGUUACUGAGAAACACGCCUUCUAUUACUGCGAGACUGUCCGAACUGCCGUCACUGAGCAGUUCACUAGAGAUCUGAAGGGCACAAUAGCGUCGAUCUUCAACGACUCGACGACACUGGGGCGGCGCUACGUGUUUGACAUCCGACGCACGUGCCGCGAGGUGUACGACCGCGCGCGCCGCGCCGCGCAUGCGCAGCAACCCGCCGCCGCCACGCACGACUCGCGCGCACGACGCCGCACUGCCUCGGGCUCGGAACAAAAGGAGUCCCGGUCUCGUUCACACAGCGGCGGAUGUCGCGCGGAGGCGCUGGCGUGUCGCGUGUGUAUGGACGAGCCCAUCGACACACUCUUCCUGCCCUGCCGACACGUUGUCUGCUGCGAGAAUUGCGCGCCCAGAUGCAACCGCUGUCCGCUGUGUCGCGGCGAGAUAGAGAAGCUAAUGCACAUAUUCCUGCCGUGUGACUACCCUAAGAGUCCCGGCCUAGUGAAAUGAGUGCGAGCCUCGCCCGACUUGGAACAAGAUGACGAUGAGUUUCUACUUGAAAUGAUUCCGCCGCCGCCCGCCGGCAGACACAUAGUGCAGGACUGCUCACGUGUGUGUGUGUGUGUGAGAGAAGUUGUCUAGUCACUAAUGUUUGACUCCAUCUGACAAAUGCAUUUUAGGAAUGGACACCCAUUUCAAUUUAUGUUUACCUGGUA